CAUCAAUGGUAAACCUACUAAGAAAAUGCGGUACAUCAUUAAAUUGCAGAAAAGACGCUACAACACAGCACGCCCAGCAGCUACAUUCUUUCCCACUUCUGCAAUAUGUAAUACAUACGUGGGGGAGCAGACACCUCCAACACCGCGCCCAGACCUAGCCCGCCACCCCUCGCGUGGUGGUUCCAACGCACAGACACCCAAUCCAUCUCAACUCGUUUAAAAAAAACAGAGGAUCUCUUCCACGACAACGACAACGCAAAAGGCAAAAAAGAAUAUGCUGAUAAGAGUGGGACUCGAACCCACGCAGAUUUCUCUACUAGCACCUGAAGCUAGCGCCUUAACCGCUCGGCC